AUGGCGCUGCCCAUGGUAAGAGGAUGUUGCAGGCUACCGUCAUCGUUCAGCCCCAGUCGUCUGUUUUUAAUUGGAAAUAUUGCGCUAAGCGGUAAAACUCGACCACCUCGCUCCUCAGCUGCGGCUGUAGCGGCUGCCGUGCGGCUCUUCAGCUCAGACCAGGGAGACCAAAGGCAUAAGCAAAAGGUGGUGGUCGUCGGCAUCCCGAAUCCGUUCAUCUGGUUCCGCACCCGGGUCUAUUACUUUCUAAUCAGGACUUACUUUGAUAAAGACUUCAGCAUUGAAGAGUUCACGGAGGGAGCGAAGCAGGCCUUCUCUCAUGUAUCCAGACUACUAUCACAGUGUGAGUUCGAAGCCAUGGAGGGGCUUGUGGCUAAAGAUCUGAUUGGAAAGCUGGAGGAAAAAUGUAACCUGUUGCCUUCAAACUACAAGAGAGCUCUGUCUGCAGAUCCUGAUGAGAUAAUGUACACAACACCCGGGGAUGUGGGAAUCUUCUACGAUGACAAUGGUAGAAAAUUUGUGAGCAUCCUGAUGAGGUUCUGGUAUCUGACAAGUGCACAGCUUCCUGAGGAUAGCUCAGAGAGCUUUCGUAUCUUUAAGGUGGCUAUUGGAGAAGGAGAGGGGGAACCAGAAACCAAGACCCUAUUAACUGCAAUAUAUGAAUUCCAAAGGGAGUUUACUAAAGGAGUGGCUCCAGACUGGACCAUUACAAGGAUAGAGCACUCCAAGCUUUUGGACUGA